AGGUUAAAGUCGAAAACAACAAAGUUUAUGUGUCUGUUAAGAAAAGGAUCCAGGGUCAGCCUAAACGUAUAAAAUGGAUGGGAGCCAGAGAUCAAGCGGUGUUACACACUGUCAUGCUCCUAGGAGGAGGCGCAGCCUCUUUAAUGUGUGCUGAGACACUACGGCAAGAAAACUAUGGCGGCAGGAUUAUUAUGGUAUCUAGAGAUGACCUCCUUCCAUACGACAAAACCAGACUCAGCAAGAUAAUGAAUGCUGAGAGUGACAGUCUCCUAAUGAGAAAAAUUGAAUUUUUCCACAAGUAUGAUAUCGAGGUCUGGCUGAAAAAAGAGGCUUUAUCAAUAGACACAAAGAAAAAAACAGUGACAUUUGAUGAUGGCUUAAUCCAGUGCUAUGACCAAAUCCUUAUUGCAACAGGAUGCAGAGCAAAAAGCCUAGACUGCCCUGGUGCGGACCUGGAAAAUGUGUUAAUGCUGGAAACCCCAGAGGAUGCCCGGAGCAUCCACUAUGCCUGCAUGGGCUGCAGGACAGUCGUUGUGGGCACUUCCUUCGUUGGCAUGGAAGUGGCCGCCUAUAUGAUAAAUAUGGCCAGUAGUAUCACAAUCAUUGGAAGCAGUGAACUCCCCUAUCAAAAGACUCUAGGCCCAGAGAUAGGAAAGGUCACCAUGAUGAUGCUGGAAGAGAGAGGGGUGAAAUUUCACAUGAAUGACGCCGUCGCAGAAGUUCAAGGCGAAAAUAGGAGGGUUAAGGCUGUGAAAUUGAAGAGCGGUAUCACUAUUGAAGCCGAUUUGUUGAUUGUUGGAAUUGGUGUCAAUCCCAAUUCAGAGUUUUUGAAAGGGAGUCCAAUAAGGAUGGACCCUAAGAACUAUGUAACUGUGGAUAAGUACAUGAGGACCAACAUAACAGACGUCUACUGUGCAGGAGAUCUGACCUGCUUUCCUCUCAAAAUGGCAAAAGGCCAGAAUGUGAGCAUCGGCCACUGGCAGAUAGCACAGGCACAUGGAAGGAUUGCAGCCUUAAGCAUGUUGCACAGGGAGGUGGAGCUAAACACAGUGCCAUUCUAUUGGACCGUCCUGCUGGGGAGAACUAUACGAUAUGCUGGGUACGGGGAGGGAUACACUGAGAUGGUGCUGAAAGGGAAAUUUGAGAACAUGAAGUUUUUGGCACUUUACAUCAAGGAUGAUGAGGUGGUGGCAGCAUCAGGAUUGAAUGUUGAACCGGCUGUCUCUGUGGUAGCAGAAAGGUUGGCGGAAGGAAGAGUGAUUACAAAGGCAGAAGCAGAGUCAGAUGACCUUCGCUGGCUGAAGCUGCAGCCCAUGUGACCACCAAAAACAGUUUGAACACUGAAUGAUCAAAAUUCAGCCAUUCUGUCCACAGUUCAUCCCAUCCAAUCAUGUCUUUACUCUGAAGCCGUUUUUUCGUAACAUUUAUAAAGGCCAGUGCAUUACAUACACUAUGUCUCUUCGAGAGCUUUGUACUCAGUUCACAAAGAGUUUGCCAUUUUAACUCUGAUUUUCAGAGAGGAGAACCACUACCCACAUACAACUAAGAAAAGAUGAAACGCUUCUAUUCUGUUCUUGCUGCAGAUUUUGCCGGUUAGCUCAGGUUCGGCUCCACUUUUCUGAAUAUGAACUCAAUCAUAUAUUUAUUUUUUAUCAAUAUUAUUAAUUAAGGUCACAUAUUUAGGAAUGAGCUGACAAGAUGAUUUUUUUCAUAUAUUAUAUCUUUUGUUCAGAAUUUACUCAAUGUUUGAAGGAAAACUAGAUGUAAUAGAGAUAAUCAGUUAUUAUGUCACUCUUGCAUGUGCAUGGUUGAUGGAUCUAGGUGGCGUAGUUGGUGAUCAAGCUGUGAAAUGGAGCAUGGCUAGUGGAAAAAUAGACAAUCACUGAGCAAACAUCCAAUCAUAGCGCUUGGGAGGAUUAGAUGAACACUGAGCAAAGGAUGCUGAAUGUGACGGUGGUCACAAAAGGGGGAGCAUAUAUAAUAGAGCUGGAAAAACAUGUUACAAAAGGGCAUAUUACAAAAGAAAUGCUGAGCUGCUCUCUUAUAUUGCCUCUUAUUCUGUCUCCCCUCUACCACACAACCCAGUUUUUGAUCCCAAAUCCUCAUAACUCACUUCUGUUCUUAUCAACAAGAAUUUGUGCAGAGAUAUAUGGGUCAAAUAAAGCAGUCCUGAUCUGAAGGUGAUAUGUGGGCCACGAAAUAUAGCUUAGACCUUAAGAAGCUAGAUUUAAGUAGACUCCCUGAAGUUUUUAUUUAAAAAAACAACAACCCAUUUUAUUGCUAUUAUUAAGGGGGAGCAGUGAUCCACAAAAUGCACACUAUAUAGAAGGUAGAAAAAGAGGUGAGAAAAGGUUUUACUGUAUUUGACAUUUUGACAUUCUGUAUGGAUAUUCUAUAAUAUUGCUAACAAGCACAAUAUUGCUUUUAAUGUGAAAACCUGACAUUACUUUUCAAAGCAAAACAUGCUGGUCCAGUUUUUAGCAGGGAGCAAGUUGCAGCACUAAUGCAUUAUUAAUGACAUGCAAAUGGAUGAGCCCUUUAGUAGGUCCAGUUUACUUACCUACUGCAAGAAACUAAAUCAUGUUGGCAACCAUGUUUUACAGUUUCAGUUUAUAAUGUUAUUGAUCACAGUUUUAUAUACAGCAUAGUAAGGUAUGUACACACACACACGAGUCACCAUUAUAACAGGCAGAUGAAGUCACACACAAGGCUGUUUUUAUCAGAAAUGUGCUGCAAAGCAAGUGUAUCAUUUGCAUCAUGAGUCAUGGUUCAUUGUCUUGUUUUUUACUCAGUUUAAAAAUAUAGCUCAUUUGUCAUACUCAUAAAUAUCUGUAACCUUUAAAGAGCAAUAAAUUAUGUUUUACUGGUUUAGACUUCUUUACUUUCAUAAAGAAAAGUACAGCAAAAUUAUGAGCAUGAGCUGAUAUAAACAUUAUUAAUAGAAAUAUUGUUUUAUACGA